AUGAAGAGAAGCACCCUCCUCAUCCUCUCUGUUGCAGGGGUCUACGGCGCCGUCCUCCACGCAGCAGCAUGGUCUGUGAAUAACUUUCUGAUGACGGGACCCAAGGCUUACCUGACGUACUCCAGCAGCGUGGCGGCCGGGGCGCACAGCGGGAUGGAGGAGUGCAAGUUCCAGUUCGGGUGGGAGCGCUGGAACUGCCCCGAGAGCGCCCUGCAGCUCUCCACCCACAACCGGCUCCGCAGCGCUACCCGGGAAACAUCCUUCGUGCACGCCAUCAGCUCGGCCGGGGUGAUGUACACCCUGACCAGGAACUGCAGCAUGGGGGACUUCGAGAGCUGCGGCUGCGACGACUCCCGCAACGGCCGCGCCGGUGGCCGAGGCUGGGUGUGGGGAGGAUGCAGCGACAACGUGGAUUUUGGGGAGAGGAUCUCCAAGCUCUUUGUGGACGCCUUGGAAACGGGGCACGACACCCGCGCGCUCAUUAACCUGCACAACAAUGAAGCUGGGAGACUCGCCGUGAAAUCCACCAUGCAGCGAGCCUGCAAGUGCCACGGCGUGUCGGGCAGCUGCAGCAUCCAGACCUGCUGGCUCCAGCUGGCCGAGUUCCGCGAGAUCGGCAACUACCUGAAGCUCAAGUACGACCAAGCCCACAAGCUGGAGAUGGACAAGAGGCGGGCGAGGGCCGGCAACAGCGCCGACAGCCGCGGGGCCACG